UUUUAAAAGAAUAAUAAUGUGAUAUUUGCACAUGUCCAGACACAGGGCCUGGUGGUGGUCUGCUUCUUGGCCAGAUUUUCCAUGUUUCUCCUCUGUGGCGAUGAUGGCGGCGGUGCUGUUCGUCCCAGUCCAGACGCUGUCAGACUUUCCUGCGUCGCUGCCGUGCUGAGGUUUUCCCCUGCGCCUCCACCAGUGACCGUCACCACGUCAGCUGAUGAUGCUUUUCUUCAGCCUACGAAGCGCUUUGACGAACUUGUUUUUGUGCUUGUGAAGUGCAAAAUCAAAUUUCUAGAGCCACAUUUGUCUGGAUUGUUGCUAAUUCACGCUACCCUGCGUGUGCGGCUCAGUCAUAAUAUUGGUUACACCUGGAUUUACAUGAUGUUACUGAUGAUCGCUGAUGUUGCCGUGACCCUAGAUCCUUCUUUUAACCUAGUGUUCCUUUAGUGACGAAAAGCAUUUAUAACUGUCUGCAUCAGUGUGACACUGUGUCUCAGAGUCAUGUAAUGAUUUGCAUUUUUCCGCUUGCAGUGCAAGUUUCAGCCCAAUGAGAUGACUAAUUAACAGAAUUCAUUCUCUUUAGUUCCCAUAUCAGCAAGUAGUUUUGCAAUACUUGCUCAUGCUUGACUUCAUUGUGACAUUUGUGCAUUUUUUGUCAUACCCAAACAAUCUAUUGAUUUCCAUUUGAUUCAUGUGUCAGCACGGUUUCAUAAUGUUAUUAGCAUUCAUUGGGAGAGGUUUGUGCUUGUACAUGCUGGUCACACAUACAGGAUGUAAAGGUGUGUACAAUGUGUGUCUGUGAUGCUGAUGUCCUGCAUUUUAUGUAAGCGAAGGUCUCACGAGAAGCUGUCAGGUUUGUCUGAGCACAAACACGCACUGUGCGAUCAGACGACUGGCGCUUUAGGAUGUGGGGAAAGUGGGGGAGAGGAGGUAAGGGGCAGUGAGCAAAAGGAGGAGGAGAGUGUCUGGGUGUGGGACUGUCGUCCCAUUGAGGGAGUAACUGUGGUGUUUUGAUUGAAAUCCAGCAGAUGUGGGAGAGAAGAGGGGUGAGAGAGAGAGAGAGAGAGAGAGAGAGAGAGAGAGAGAGAGAGAGAGAGAGAGAAAUAUUUCCACCCACCCAACAAGGAGCAACACUCAUAAACAGCAGGCAGAGAGAGUGCGAGUCAGAAAGACACAGGAUCUCAGGGCAGCAGCAGAAGCUCAAGCAGCGAGAGAGAGAGAGAGAGAGCGAGAGAGCCAGGGUUUCAUUGAGAGGAGAUGUUUAAUUAAAGGGCAGGAAAAGUCACCCAGACAAAGCCCAACACACACUAAUAAACCCUGAGUGUGUCGUCCAGGCAGACAACAAGGAACUAGCUGAGCACAAGAAACACCUUAGCUAAGACAGGAAAAGUCACACAUACACACACACACACAUCAUCUCCCCCCCCUCACGCACACACACACACACUCACCCUGGUGCUGGCGUGAGAGAAGGAGCUGGUCGACCCCAACAAGUGGAGCAUCAGUGAGGAAGGAGCGAGCGAGUGGAUGGAUGCCUUCUGCAGACUCAGUGGUCUGGACCCUCUGUGGGACUGGAACCGUACGUGGUACACGGCCAACCCGGACCUGACCCAGUGUUUCCAGAACACCGUGCUGGUGUGGGUUCCCUGUGUGUACCUGUGGCUGCUGGCCCCCUUCUAUUGCCUCCACCUCUACUGCCAUGACAGUGGACGCAUUCACAUGUCCUGCCUCUGCACUGCCAAAAUGGUGCUGGGUUUCCUUCUCGCCUCCUUUGGCUUCGUGGAGUUCUUCUACAUCUUGCUGGAGAGGAGUCAGGAGAUCCAGCAGCACAUGGUCUUCCUACUCAGCCCCAUAAUACGCAGCAUGACAGUGAUCCUGGCCUUGUGCAUCAUCCAGCUGGAGAGGAUAAGAGGCUGCCGUUCUUCUGUGUUCCUCUUCCUGUUCUGGGUCCUGGCUGUCGUCUGCUCCCUGGUUCCUCUCAGGGCAAAGAUCCAGUUGGCCAUGGACGAGGGCAUCGCCUCUGACAUCGUGCGAUACCUCGCCUUCUUCUCAUACUUCACCAUCCAGCUGGCCCAGCUCUUCCUGAGCUGCUUCGCCGACCGGCCCCCAGAGGGAAAAGCAGCCCUGGAAAAGAAUCCCUGUCCCGUGAAAGAUGCCUCUUUCCUGUCAAAGAUCCUCUUCUGGUGGUUCACCGGGCUCGUGGUGAAAGGGUACCGCACCCCACUGGCAGCAGAGGACCUGUGGACCCUGAGGGAGGAGGACACGUCCCACAAGAUAAUCUCCGACCUGCAGGAGGACUGGACGGACGAAUGCGCCAAACUGCAAAAGCAGGAGAAGGCCCUGGCAUCGGGCGCGGCGCUCGGCAGCCGGCUGCCGGACCAAGCUCAGCUCCUCCGGAAGCUGCAGAAGGAGCAGAGCUCCGGGUUCUUCCUGCUCCGGACGCUGGCGCGCAAGUUCGGACCGUACUUCCUGACCGGCACGCUGUGCAUCAUAUUCCACGACGCCUUCAUGUUCGCCAUCCCCCAGGUCCUCAGUCUUCUUCUGGGCUUCAUGAGGGACGAAGACGCGCCCCUGUGGAAGGGUUACUUCUACGCCACCCUCAUGUUCCUGCUGUCCUGCCUCCAGUCCCUGUUCAACCACCAGUACAUGUACACGUGCUUCACGGUGGGCAUGAGGGUGAAGACGGCCGUCAUGGGCCUGGUUUACAGAAAGUCGCUGGUGAUAAACAGCGCCGCCAGGAGGAGCUGCACCGUGGGCGAGAUCGUGAACCUGGUGUCGGCCGACACUCAGAAGCUCAUGGACUUUGUGGUUUACUUCAACGCGGUCUGGCUGGCGCCCAUCGAGAUCGCCCUCUGCCUCUUCUUCCUGUGGCAGCACCUGGGCCCGUCGGCUUUGGCGGGCAUCGCCACCGUCAUCCUCAUUUUCCCACUCAACGGAUUCAUUGCUAAGAAAAGAAGCAAGCUGCAGGAGAUCCAAAUGAAGUUCAUGGACGGCCGCAUCAGACUGAUGAACGAGAUCCUCAACGGAAUAAAGAUCUUGAAGUUUUACGCCUGGGAGAAGGCCUUCCUGGAGCAGGUCCUGGGCUACAGAGAGAAGGAGCUCAAGGCCCUGAAGAAGUCCCAGAUUCUUUAUUCCAUCUCCAUUGCAUCAUUCAACUCCUCUUCCUUCCUGAUUGCCUUUUCCAUGUUUGGAGUCUACGUGAUGCUGGAUGACAGGAACGUCCUGGAUGCCCAGAAGGUGUUCGUCUCAAUGGCGCUGAUCAACAUCCUGAAGACCCCCCUCAGUCAGCUUCCAUUCGCCAUAAGCACAACCAUGCAGGCUUUGGUCUCGCUGAAGCGCCUGGGGAAGUACCUGUGCUCGGAGGAACUCAAAGCGGACAAUGUUGCCAAAGCUCCAUUGAGCUCUGAUGGGGAGGACGUGGCCAUAGAAAACGGCACCUUCAGCUGGUCCGCAGAGGGCCCUCCUUGCCUCAAAAGGAUCAGCGUGCGCGUGCCGCGGGGCUCCCUCGUGGCCGUGGUGGGACACGUGGGCAGUGGAAAGUCGUCGCUGUUGUCCGCCAUGCUCGGUGAGACGGAGAAAAGGAGCGGCUGCGUCAGUGUCAAGGGCUCUGUGGCCUACGUUCCUCAGCAGGCCUGGAUCCAGAACGCCACGGUCCAGGACAACAUCAUAUUUGGCCGCGACAAGCUGAAACCGUGGUACCACCGCGUGCUGGAGGCCUGCGCCCUGCUGCCCGACCUGGACAUCCUCCCUGCUGGGGAUGAAACAGAAAUUGGAGAAAAGGGGCUGAACCUCUCCGGCGGACAGAAGCAGAGGGUGAGUCUGGCCAGGGCCGUGUACAGGAAGGCGGACGUGUACCUGCUGGAUGAUCCGCUGUCUGCUGUUGAUGCGCACGUGGGCCAGCACAUCUUCGACAAGGUCAUCGGACCGAAAGGAGUCCUCAGAGACAAGACCCGCAUCCUGGUGACCCACGGGAUGAGCUUCCUGCCGCAGGCCGACCUCAUUCUCGUCCUGGUAGAUGGGGAAAUCACAGAGAGCGGCUCCUACCAGGAGCUCCUCGGUCGUCACGGGGCCUUUGCCGAUUUCAUCCACACCUUCGCCAGUACAGAGCGAAAAGAGGGCCCCAUACAGAGAGCUGGCUCCAGGAGGUCCAACGCUCGUCUCAGCAUGGUGGACUUCAUGCCGUUCUCCAGAGAUCUCUCCCAGGAGCAGCUCAUUGGGGGUGACACCACCAAUACCAACCUGCAGAACAUGGAGCCUGUGACGGAAACAGACGAAGAGCAGGUACCGGAGGACUUGGGCAAGCUGACCGUGGUCGACAAGGCCCGCACUGGGAGGGUGAGGCUGGAGAUGUACAAGAAGUACUUCAAGACGAUCGGCCUGGCCAUCAUCAUCCCCAUCGUCUUCCUCUACGCCUUCCAGCAGGGCGCCUCCCUGGCCUACAACUACUGGCUCAGCAUGUGGGCCGACGACCCCGUCGUCAACGGCACCCAGAUCGACACUGACCUGAAGCUGACCGUGUUCGGGGCCCUGGGCUUUGUGCAAGGGAUCGCCAUCUUCGGCACCACCGUGGCCAUCUCCAUCUGCGGCAUCAUCGCCUCCCGCCAGCUGCACGGCGACCUGCUGAUCAACGUGCUCCGCUCGCCCAUGUCGUUCUUCGAGUGCACGCCCAGCGGCAACCUGCUCAACCGCUUCGCCAAGGAAAUCGACGCCAUCGACUGCAUGGUGCCCGACGGCUUGAAGAUGAUGCUGAGCUACGUCUUCAAACUCAUGGAGGUCUGCAUCAUCGUGCUGAUGGCGACGCCUUUUGCAGCCGUGAUCAUCCUUCCUCUGGCCUUCCUCUAUGCUUUUGUUCAGAGCUUCUACGUCGCCACAUCCUGUCAGCUGCGUAGGCUGGAAGCCGUGAGCCGCUCGCCCAUCUACACCCACUUCAAUGAGACAGUGCAGGGCGCCAGUGUCAUCCGGGCCUUCAGAGAGCAGUCCAGGUUCAUUCUGCAGGCCAAUGACAGGGUCGACUUCAAUCAAACCUCCUACUUCCCCCGAUUUGUGGCCACCCGCUGGCUGGCAGUCAAUCUGGAGUUUGUUGGAAACGGUGUGGUCUUGGCCGCUGCCAUUCUCUCUGUGAUGGGAAAAAGCACGCUGAGCCCGGGGAUCGUUGGUUUGGCCGUGUCACACUCCCUCCAGGUGACUGGAAUCUUGAGUUGGAUUGUGAGGUCCUGGACUGACGUGGAGAACAACAUUGUUUCUGUGGAAAGAGUCAAUGAGUAUGCUGACACUGAAAAAGAGGCUAGUUGGAGCGUAGAAGGCAGCUCUUUGCCCCAGGCCUGGCCCCAGACAGGCACCAUAGAGUUCACAGACUAUGGGCUGCAGUACCGCAAAGGCCUUGAGUUGGCUCUGAAGGGCAUCACUCUGCAUAUCAACGAACGAGAGAAGGUGGGAAUAGUUGGUAGAACGGGAGCAGGAAAGUCCUCCCUUGCGUUGGGAAUCUUCAGGAUCUUAGAGGCAGCAAAGGGGAAGAUAUUUAUAGAUGGAGUCAACAUUGCUGAUAUUGGACUCCAUGACCUCAGAUCGCGCAUUACUAUCAUUCCUCAGGACCCUGUGCUGUUCUCAGGUUCGCUGAGGAUGAACCUUGACCCCUUUGACAGCUACACAGAUGAGGAGGUGUGGAAUUCACUGGAGCUGGCUCACCUCAAAACCUUUGUCUCCAACCUGCCAGACAAACUCAACCAUGAAUGCUCAGAGGGAGGAGAAAACCUCAGUCUGGGUCAGCGCCAGCUCGUGUGCCUGGCCAGGGCGUUGCUGCGGAAAACCAAGAUCCUGGUUUUGGACGAGGCGACAGCUGCUGUGGACCUGGAGACAGACACACUCAUCCAGUCAACAAUCCGUACCCAGUUUGAAGACUGCACCGUCCUGACCAUCGCUCACCGCCUCAACACUAUCAUGGACUACACUAGAGUGAUUGUCAUGGACAGAGGCCACAUUUCUGAAAUGGACUCUCCGUCCAACCUCCUCUCGAAACGGGGACAGUUCUACCGAAUGUGCAGAGAAGCUGGGCUGGUCUAGGUCUUUGUUGGACCUCGUGGCAUGGAGCUGGUGACCUGAAAUACAGAUGGGGCACCUUAUUUGUUUGGCUCUGCAUCACAAAUUCAAUGGGGCCAUUCAAUGAUUUCUGGCAGCUCGAAACGCCUUCCCAAAUGGGCAUUGUUGAUGAGUCUCAAGAGCAGCUGUUGACGCAGCUCCUACAAGUAUUGGUUGCUUUUUAACAUGGAGAGAAAAGCUGUUCCAAGUCAGACAAAGACUGUGUUAACCUCACAUUUUGAACAUUCAGAACAAAGCUAGAGUGAACAGUUGAGACUCUCCAGACUAUAAAUAUUGUACAUAGAGUAGCGGAGUCAGUUCAGUCCAUGGACGGAACAGUAAAAAUGAAAGAUUACCAUACGUCUAAGGAUUUGUCAUUCUUUUGAAUGAGAUCAUAUUUUUGUAGAGUUUAUAAAGCACAUGACAUAUUUUUCAUGUUGUCUCAGGCUUAAACAUUGAUGUUUACUCUUUUUUUUGCUUGUAUUAGAAAAAGAUGCAAUUUUGGAGUUAUAAAUCGAUAUAAAUCUAUUUUGUCUUCUUGCUCCAGAAACUGGGACAGAAACUAUUGUGACACACUAAACUUCAGAAGCCUGGCAAAUGCAGGGGAAGUCUAAGCUUGAAGCAGCCAAUGUAGAGUUUUUAUAUGUCAGGGAGAAAGAAAAAAACAUUGAAGUGAGCCAAGACAUUAGCACUCGUCCAACUAUGCUGCGGCUGUUGUUUAUUUCUGUCAAAGUAAACACAUAAAAAUAACCCAAUAGAGACCUUGCUGGUCAGAUUUAACCUGACACCCGUAGUGAAAACCACCAUGAAUGAAGAGAAUGUUUCUAAAAAACAAUUGUGAUAGAUGUCUGUGAUUGUCUCUCUGCCUCCUCCACACAAACUCAGGCCAUACACACAUGUGCAAAGUUGAAAACAAAAUAUUGUUUUUUUUUCUGGUGCUGACAUGACAGGCUGUAUAUAGUCCAUGUUAACCCUCGCUCCUGAUUCAAAGAAAGAACCCUAUGAACUUUUCAAAGAGAAGAGGCAUUUACUGUUUUUGUCUUACUGGUUUAGACAAUAUAUUCUAAGAGAAGCCCAUAAGCUUAUUUAUGUCAUACGACAAAAGUUUAUUAAGUGUCCUUAAAAUUCUGAGGAUUACAUUAUAUUUAUACUUUUUUAUAACAAGCUUGUGUAUUUUUCACUGACCAUUUACUGUUAAUGUACUGUCUUGUAUUAAACAGUACAUCAUGCUGGAUAAUAAAAUUCAUUGAACACUA